AUCAUCAACAACAACAACAACAUCAUGAUUGCCCAUUGCCAUAAAUCUUGUUAAAAUGCAGGUAAUAAUAUAACCAUUGCAAUAUUGAAUGUACGUGCAUGGUUGCUGUUGUUGUUGUUGUUAUAAUUGCGUUUAUUGCCAGAUUCAAAUCGAAAUUAAAAUUAUUGUCUAAUGGUAUCCGCUUCAUCAACUGGCAUAGGUGGUGACAAUAGUAUUGUUGCAACAACUUCAGCUUUAUCUGCAUCAACUGCCGGUAGUAUGUCGAUUGUACAAUUUCAAUUACCAACAAAUCAAUCUGCUGCUACCGCUGCCACCACAAUGGUUCAAUCGGUCAUACAACCGAAUCAUCAGUCGGUUAUACAGCCGACCAAUCCGAUCUCGACCAUUCAGUUCCCUAAAAAUGUCAUAUUAGUAAAUAAAUUGGCACAUGGAUCGGUAAUACAAAGUACCGAAUCCGAACAAUCAAACAUACAGAUGGUGAAAGAAGAGAAUGAAACAACAAUCUAUGAAGAUGAAUCAAAAAGACGACGUGAAAACUUAGCCCGACGACCAUCAUAUAGAAAAAUUUUAAAUGAUCUAUCAUCUACCGUUGAUACACCUGUUACAUCAACAAAUACAGUAUCCUGUAUGGAAGGACGAAAAUCGACAAAUAAUGACAAUAAUAAUAAUGAGCAACAUUCACCAACAUCAGGCCAACAACAACAACAACAAUCAUCGAACGCAACACAUACAUCAUCAGCAUCACAACAAACGGCCACAACAAUACCAAUAGAGAGCUAUAUUAAAAUGUUACCAUCAAUACAGAUUGGAUCAACGCAUGAUGGUACAACAACUAUUCAAGGUAUACCUACCAUAAUGACAAAUGCGAAUACGACCGGUUCGACCAUUGUACAAUAUGCAACGGCUGCACAUGAUGGCCAAUUCAUUGUUCCCGAUCUGCAAACAUAUCAAUUAAGGCCUCCUCCUCCGCCACAACAACCUACAAAUAAUCAAUCAUCAGCACUUACACAAAAUGUCGUAAUGACCACACAACAAUUACCAUCAUCACAUAAUAUGGAUGAAGCAUUGAAAAAACGUGAAAUGAGAUUACUUAAAAAUAGGGAAGCGGCAAAAGAAUGUCGUCGAAAAAAGAAAGAAUACAUCAAGUGCCUUGAAAAUAGAGUGGCCGUAUUGGAGAAUCAAAAUAAAGCACUGAUUGAAGAAUUGAAAACACUUAAAGAAUUAUAUUGUAAAAAGUCGGAUUAAAAAGAUGAGAUAAAAUGACGAAAAUAUAUUCAAAAUUCAUUGCAACUCACCAAAUAUGAAUGAUGAUUUGACAAUCUCUCAAUUAUUG